UGAAUGCAGUAAAGGAGAAAGCACAAUCUGAGAGUGGGUUGGAGGAGAUGAAUAUGAAGAAGACUGAAACAGAAAAGAAGAAUGCACAACUUAAGAGUGAGUUACUGGAGGUGAAGAAAAAGAGGGAUGAAACAGAAGAAGAGAAUGCACGACUAAAGAGAUUGUUAAAGAAAAGCAUUAAUUAUUUCACUUGGCUGACCUCUGUGCUGGUUGUGGUUUUACUGUCUAUUGUAUUGCACUGGGCCUUCAAAGGACAUGAGAUAAAUCAUCACGAGCUCAGACUGAUGUUGGUGGGGAAAACUGGAGCAGGAAAGAGCGCAUCAGGAAACACCAUCAUGGGUGAAGAGGCCUUCAGAGUCGAGGCGUCUCCUGCAUCUGUGACUGCAAGCUGUAGAAAGAAGAACAAAGUCUUAGACAGAAGAAACAUCACCAUAAUUGACACUCCUGGUGUCAUGGACACAUGGUUAAUAUCAAACCAAACGGCUCACCAUGCACAUGAAUGUAUCUCCAUGUCUACUCCUGAUCCUCAUGUUUUCCUGCUGGUGAUCAGACUGGGAAGGUUCACGGUGGAGGAGAGCAAUGCUGUGAAGUGGAUUCAGGAGACCUUUGGAGAAGAAGCUCUGAAGUUCACCAUGAUUCUGUUCACUGGUGGAGAUCUGCUGGAAGGGAAACCUGUGGAGAAAUUUAUAAGUAAUAGUUUUGAUCUUCAGAAUCUUGUAGAUACCUGUGAAGGUAGAUAUCAUGUUUUUAACAACUAUGAACAAAGUAACCGCACUCAAGUCACAGAGCUGUUUGAAAAGAUUAAUGCAAUGCUACACCAGAGCAUGGGUUACUUUUACAUAAAAGAGGUUCAUCAGAAGAUAAUGGAAAGAGAAGAGAAAGAGACCCAAACAGUGGAAGAGAAGAAUAGAGCUAUGAUGGAAAAACUGAUCAGAGAUGAGGAAUUAAAGAGGAACCAGCUGAAGGAAGAGAUGAAAGUUGCGGAGAGGAGGAAGAUGAAUGAGAUGGCAAUUAAACUGAGAGAUGAGCAAUAUGAGAACAAACAUCUUAGGGAAGAAUUAGAACGUGCAUUUAUUACAUUGUUCUGGUCUGAGGUCAUGAUGGGCAUACUCGUUUUAAUAUUGGUCAAAGUGGUUUGCUUUCCAACAUGA